AAAAACGAUGACAAGAAAACGGGAAUCCUUAUGUAGAAUGUGAGAAAUUCUAUGCUUUUUUCAGGAUGUAUGAGACAUUGACAAAUAAAGUCGGAAUGAAGUAACUUGGAAAGUUGCAGAAAAAAAUCGUUGUUAACAAUGGCGGGACAAUUCAAUUGGCCACAUGUGCUGAACUUGAGUAACAGCAUCAUAGGUGUCACUGUCCUGGCCAUGCCAUUUUGUUUCCAACAGUGUGGGGUAGUGUUAGGAACAUUGAUGCUGUUUUUCUGUACAUGGUUAACCCUGAUGUCCUGCAGGCUUCUCAUAACUGCUGGAAUUUCCUCCAGGAAACGAUCCUAUGGAUUCCUAGCGCAGUAUACCCAUGGGGCACCUGGAAAGCUGGCAGUUGAAUUAGGAAUGAUAGGGCUCCAGAUGGGAACUCUAGUUGCCCAGGUGGUGAUUAUAGGAGAUCUAGGACCAGCCAUCAUAUCCAAGUGGACAGGACUAUCAAACACCAACAACUUGCGUACUGCCCUGAUAAUGUUGGCCUGUACCUGUAUUGGUCUGCCCUUGGGCCUCCUGCGGAAUCUAGAGACUGUCAGUAGAGCCAGCACCUUUUGUAUUUGCUUCUAUUCCAUGUUUGUCCUCUAUGUUGUUGGAUUGUCUGUUCCUAAUCUGAAGGCUGGAAACUGGUAUGAAAAAGUCAACUUCUGGAGAGUGGAUGGCCUGUUUAAAUGUUUACCAAUAUUCUCCUUUGCUUUUGGAUGUCAAACACAGCUGUUUAUUCUUUAUGAUGCCCUACCUGAACCGUCGCUGAAGGAGAUCAGUGCCAUUGUCGGUAGUGCAGUUAACAUGUGCACUGUAGCUUAUUUACUGGUUGGUUUCUUUGGCUAUGUUGCAUUCUGUGAUACCACAAUCGGUGGCGAUGUCAUCACCCAAUUUUCAGAAACUCUUGUCGUGGAUAUUAUACAGAUUCUGUUUGUCCUAUCCAUUGUUGUCUCAUUUCCCCUCAUCAUUUACCCAUGUCGAGGAAGCUUCUACACUCUGCUGUUUGCUCAGAAGCCAAAGCAUGAGGACAUUGAGUCUCGGCCCAUAAUUCCAGAGAUUCAUUUUAAAGUCAUCACUGUGUGUAUUGUAAUGUUUGCCAUGAUAACAGGAAUUCUAGUCCCUAAUGUUGAGUUUGUACUUGCAAUGAAUGGAGCUACAAUGGGAACAUUAAUUUGUUACAUAUUUCCCGCUGUUUUCUUUCUAAGAGUCAUGACUGGAUCAUCAGACAAAAAGAACAUUGCUCAGUUUGUUUUUAUUGUUGGCGUUACAAUCAUGGUUCUGUGUACCUACACGACACUGAAUUCUCAGGACCAUGUCAAACCAAAGCCAGUCAUCACAGAUAAAGCCACAUUGGCACCUAAACAGAGUAUCAAGUCACAGGAGAAAAUCAAGAAAGAUAACCCUGUUAUAAACGUAAUCAAGAAGAGUGCUGAUCAGGUCAAAGAUAAAGAUAGAAGAGUGGACCCACCAGACAAGGAUAGUAAAAAUAAGUCACCACCUGAGGCUGAUAAAAGACAGGAACCACCAAAUCCCCACCCACCUGACAAGGGACCAGUAGAGGUGAAUAAUAGUCAUAAAGAAACUGUGAAAGAGACAAAAGCAGUGAAACAGACAAGCACAAAACUGGUAAAGGAGAGUAGCAAGGGUAGUAAAAGACAAAAACAAAGAAUUAAAACCAAAGAGGAGGGUCCAGAAAUUGUCCUCAGGGAGGAAAAAAGGAAGAAGGACACAAUGGAGGGAGACAUAGUAGGCGAGGAACCUGUCCGAGGAGAGGAGGAGGUGGACGGGGGAGAGAUGAUGGAGAAGGCCAAAGAAACAGAACAAAAACAGCAAGAUCUACUGGACGAAUUAAAGAAACAACAGAUAGAGCACAAAAAACUGAUUGAGGAGCAGCGAGAGAUUCUCAAGGAGCUGAAGGAACACAAAAAAGAUGCCCAUAAAAAGGAGGAGGGAGCAAAGCAAACACAGGCACCUUUAAAUAAUGGAGGGCAUAUUGAGAACCAAAAUGCAGGACCACCUAAAAUGAGAAAUGUCAUAACAGGUAUAAUUCCUCAGCAACAUCAGAACAUUCCAGCACAGGCUCAGGUAGUAGGCCAGCAACAGAUCCUACAAAAUGUGCAACAGCCUCAAGGUCAACAACAGCAAGGUGCAGAAGGACAAAAUCAAGUGAACCAGCAAGCUCAGCAGGUGAACUUACCUGGUCAAAGUCAGUUAAAUCAACAGCCCCAGCAAGUCAACCUACAAGGUCAAGGUCAGUUAAAUCAACAGCCUCAGCAAGUUAACCAACAAGGUCAAGGUCAGUUAAAUCAACAGCCCCAUCAAGUCAACAUACAAGGUCAAGGUCAAUUUAAUCAACAACUGAAUCAAGGCAAAAUUAAUCAAGGUCAGCAGUUAGGUCAAAAUUUCAACCAGCAGCCAAUACACAAUGAUAACUUCAACAUUCCUAAUCAGCAAUCUGACGUGAAACAAGCACAUGCUAGGAAAGAAGGAGACAAGCAGGUGGUCGCUCAGGAAUCUAGACUUUCUGACAGUGUGCAGAAUAAAAUAGGUGGUCCAAAGACAGCUGAGAAAAGUCAGAAAACAGUAGAAAAGAAGGAAGGGAAACUAAAAACUCCUCAUUCUGAUAUCUAGAAUUACAUGUACAGUAUCUGUUCAUUUAUUUUUUUCUAUAACUGCAAAUACUGUAACUGUAUCCUGUUCAAGAUGUCAUGUAUGAGAUUCAAAUGUUAUAGACAUAUUUUGGUGGGAAAAUGUACAAAUGUAUGUUAUUAAGUCAAAAAGAAUAAUAUAAUAAUCAGACUAUUUUAUACAGUUUUAAGUACAUUUAUUUAUUAUAUGUGUAAUAAUGAAUACAUGUACAUGUAUUCUUGAUAAUAAGUGUCAUUAAACAUUACCUCAUGGGAAUGUUGUUGUUUUCCUACGUAAUGUACUAGUAUGACUUAGUGGCCUGGCCCCUGUGAUUGUAACUGUUAUUGUGGAAGUGUUCAUCAAUUAUAUUGUAUUUGUUGCAAGUACUGGACGAAUGCAAGGAAUUUUCUUCUUUUUUUUAUCUUUGAGUAUGAUGUAUGUAAUUGUAUAUUUUAAUGUACAUGUAUGGUUUAGUUAAAACUCUCCAUGUAGUCUGAAGUAUUCACAGUAAAAAUGUACACAAGUGAUAGCCAAUGAAAGACAUAUAUAUUUUUUAAGACCCUUUGUGAUACUUAUUUAAUGGGUGUCCUUGAAAUUAUCACUCAAAUAUUGGAUUUUUCUUAACGUGGUUAGUUGGAGACCCACAUUUUGUGUGUCUACAACUUUUUUUUUUUGAAAAUACCAAUGUGGAAAAAAAGUAUUUUUUGAAAGCUUUCUUUUUUUCUGAAGUAUACCAGUUGUAUGCUUAUCACAGCUUUUUUAUUGGGAUGCUAUCACCUGUAUUGAACCUAUUGCUUGGUAAUGAUUACCGGUAGCUACACUGUGUUUUAUUAAGGCUAUUUAACAUUUCGGAACCAUUUUGGUGUUUGAAUUAGAAAGUGAAAUAACUGUAUUUAACAAGAUCCUUAUCUGGCUUUGUAGUUGGUCAGAAAAUUUAAAGUGCAAUGUUGUCUUGAUAUGUGUGAUAUUCUUAAAGAGAAUUGAGUAAAAAAUAUACCUUUUAGAAGAAAUCUCUCCUCUCAACCCAAACCCCCAACACUUCAAAAUACCAUUAUUAUUUUAAGACUUCUUGGCAUAAGAACAUCAUGUUAAAUUUGUGUAUUGAUACUUACAUGUACAUGAAAUAUUGGAAAAUAAUAUCCAAGUAUACUUUUUACAUCAGCUAACUUGUACAGAAAAAACGGCAGAUUUUUCCAAGUUAGUCUUAAAAUCUAUAGUAAGAAUUCAUCUGUCCAUACACUUUCAAACAUCUUCCAAAUUUUUGUGUUUCAAAAACUUGAUGAGUUUAAUAAUUUAACCAAUAAAGAGCUUUUUUUUGUAUUUCUUUCAGUACAAAUUGGUAUAUCGCUUGUAAAUUGUUAUUUAAUACUUUUGUAUCAAAGUAGUAACAAGAAAAAGAAAACCAAAGUAUAUUCUUUUUAUGGUUGGCAAAGAGAUAAUUAAUUCUCUUCAAAUUGAAGUCAUGUGUAUUUGAAUAUACAUUUAUGAGAUCUAUUCAGUUAGUGUUUCAUGAUGUGUAGCUAUUGUUCCUUAUCAGAUGGAGGACAGUAUGUAAGAUUGUUAAAAUUUAACUAUUAAAAUUCAUUCUUUUUAUUUAUUUUUAUUGAAAAUAAAUGGUACUAAACUGAA